GUUUUCUAUUUUACGGAAGAAAAACAUCACAUCUGCUUGCCUCCUCCCGUUUCAUUGCCUAAACCUAGAACGGAGAAGAGCUAUGUCAAUGGCGAUCCCGACAGCGAAGCUACUGACAUCUGCCAUAGCGGUAUUAAUGCUUGUUUCAACUUCAUUUGCAACCACGGAAGUUCCGUUCAUGGUGGUCCACAAGAAAGCGAGUCUCAACAGGCUCAAAUCUGGUGCCGAACGCGUCUCCGUCUCCAUCGACAUCUACAACCAAGGAUCUUCGACGGCGUAUGACGUGAUCCUGACAGAUAGUAGCUGGGAUAAAGACACGUUUGAAGUUGUUAACGGAAACAUUUCAAGUUCGUGGGAAAGACUUGAUGCGGGAGGCAUUCUAUCUCAUUCUUUUGAACUGGAGGCCAAGGCAAAAGGAAUCUACUACGGUGCCCCCGCCGUAGUUACUUUCCGCAUCCCAACAAAGGCUGCUCUUCAGGAAGCAUACUCAACUCCAAUACUCCCUCUAGAUGUCCUUGCUGAGAGACCUCCUGCAAAGAAGUUUGACUGGGCUAAGAGGUUGCUGGCAAAAUACGGAUCGCUCAUCUCAGUGAUAUCAAUAGUGAUUAUGUUUGUCUACCUGAUAGCCACACCGUCCAAGUCCAGCGCAGCGAAAGCGAGCAGCAAGAAGAAGCGUUAAGUUGAUGGUUGGGGCCUGUAUGCUUAUCUUACGGUUUCUAGACUUGCUUGUGUUGAUGUUCAGCCAGGGAAAGUUUCCAAUUGCAGACAGAGGACUACUGUUUGAUGAGUUAGUUUUACGCUGUCAGUCGUUUUCGGUGGUGUUUGUUGAUUGGUCUCAUCACCUUUCUUU